UCGUCUUUAGCCGUGUCGUACAGUGAUGCAGUCAAGUGGUAGUCACCGCGGGGAGGUCUACUGACACUCUCAAACAAUCCAUUCUCUCUCUCCCUCUCAUCCCCCGGCUUCGUCCCAGCAAGUUUGGAACUCCUCCCCUCUCUAAAUGAGGUAAGCUGGUACCGAGAGAGGAGGAGACGGCCCCCCUGUUUUGUUUUCUAUGGGCAUGGGAGAUCAGAGGGAGCCUACAAUGGUGCAGAGGUCCACUUCGUUCAGCAUCAAGAGCCUGCUGCUCCCGUCAAAGUAUGACAGCCCCGAGGACGGGGUAGUCGCUGUGGUGGACCACCAGCCGAAAAGUGUCCACAACUCUGACUCGGACAAGUCGUCACCGGAACCGGUGGACAUGGAACCCCAGACCGUGGGUCAGGAGCAGCUGCCGCCGUCCUCCGCGCCUUCCCGCGACCAGGAGGAGGAGGGCAGCACGGAGCCACCACCGGCGAAGCAGGGAGCCAAGAACGGGAAAUUCGACAAGCCUCCGUUCAGCUACAACGCGCUCAUCAUGAUGGCUAUCAGACAGAGCCCCGAGAAGCGACUCACGCUGAAUGGCAUCUAUGAGUUCAUCAUGAAAAACUUUCCUUACUAUCGCGACCACAAGCAGGGAUGGCAAAACUCCAUACGCCACAACCUGAGUCUCAAUAAAUGCUUCGUGAAAGUGCCACGACACUACGACGACCCAGGCAAGGGCAACUACUGGAUGCUGGACCCGUCUAGUGAUGAUGUGUUUAUCGGCGGAACGACUGGGAAGCUUCGGCGUCGCUCGGCAACCUCCAGGGGCAAGUUGGUGAUGAAGCGAGGUCUGCGCUUCGCGCCCCUCGGAUUGGGGUUUGGCGAGCGACCGAGCAAUCCCCUGUAUUGGCAACUUUCUCCCUUUUUACCCAUCCAUCCUCAGCACUAUAAUGGAUCUACCCACGGAUUUCUAAACCAAGGGCACGGGUACGGCUCCUUGUUGCCCGGCGUUGAGGCGCUAAGCAACGGGGAUGUGUCUCGCCCCAUGCUGGGGAGCACAGGUGGGAGUCUGAAUUUAUCUAACGGAUAUGGGCACGUUACCUCUCCCCCGGCCCACGGCUUGUUACAGGGGCACAAUGGAUAUUACGUUGCGGGGACACAACAAGCACAGUCUCUGCCAAGUGGACCAGGGUACUCCACCUCGCCGCCUACGCUUAUAUCAGACUCGCUACGGACUACUCUACCCUCAUUCUCCCCGACGCUACCCAGUGGAUUUUCCGGGGUCUUGUCGCAGCACAAACGAGUCGCACCGAAUUCUUUCCUGACCUGAGCGCGACCUCAGAUGCGUUUACCGUAAACUUUCAUUUUCCUCGAAAGUGUCAUGACUGUUUUGUCCCAUGUGAAACGCAACGAAAGAAAUGCAACACACGCUCUCUUAUUGCAUUCCAUAAGGACUAAUUUUAAUGUUUAGAAGGGAACAUGAUUUUGUUUUUGUUUCUUUCUGUUUUCCUAGAAUAACGUCAUGCCAAAGGCAAUACAAUGUUUUUACUACUGCUGUUUAUUUAUAGUUUGGCCAUUUUAAUUUAUGUUGUUUUUUUUUCUUUUGUAUUUAUUGAAUUGUUAGUUUGUUGUUUUUUCUCAAUCCAUGUGAAACACUGUGUUUUUGUUAAAUGGAUCAGACUGUGAUAAUUAUUCUAUUCAGUUUUCCUUUGUGAAAAUUUACCCUUACAUUGUCCCCCUAAAUGCUGCGCCUUAUCGACUGCAAAUGUUCUUCGAUGAACAGACAGAGGCCGAGGACAAAACACAACAGACAGGCUACUUUGCAACACAGGAGUAGGCCUAUUCAGCACUGAAAUGGAACAGGUAUAAAUGAAAAUAAGAUUUACUUUUAAUAUAUUUCUGACAUUAUAUGGAAGCUAGUGCGUAUUUUUUGAUGAAAUUGUAGCCUCAUAUUUUUCAACGCGCCCGUCCUAACAGGCCUUGUGCGUAAAGCAAAACUUCGGCCUACAAAAAGAACAAAUAGCAACGACGGCGCAUGUAUUUGUCAUGGUGUUAACUUAAUUAAAUACAGGUUUUACCAGACAUAAGUGCUCAGGAUCGGCCUUUGACCUGCUACCAUAACUACUGUGUUACAUGUCCUCUGGUCAAACCAGUGCCAUGUAGGCCAACAUAGUACACAGACUCCCUCUGUCUCUGUAGCUAGCCUAGCUGUCUAGCCGUAAUUUGCCAUGGCUUGCACUGAAAUCUCUAUGCAUAAACUCGACGUAAUGCAACCGGGUAACCAAUAGGCCACCGUUUGCCAUGUUUAUUGAUGAUAGGAGUGUCUUAACGUUUACCAGACAUGUCCCAGGACUCUCUUGACAGUUUUUGACACUCUAAGCACAAUCACUGUUUGCGGUUUUUGGGGAUGUGUGUCCUGUUGUCAGGUGGCAUUGGACAUGAAGCUAUACUGUGAUCUUUAAAGCAUUGCUAAUUUUUCAUACAUGUCACAUGAAGUGUUUGCACUUUUAGUCUAUCUAGGCCUAAUAGCCAUUUACAAAUG